AUGGCGAGGGUUUCUCUCGUCUUCGUUUUUCUUCUACUCUCAUCUAAGAGGAUUGGAUCUGCGGCGGUGGGGGGAGACUCUUCACCUCUGCUCAGGCCUGCAUGGGCGACGGGGGUGAGGGUUUCUCUCUCCCUCGAACAUGAAUGGGGCGACGAUGUUAAUGGUGAUGAUGGCAGAGAGGGUUUCCCUGUGAAUGGUGGUUUUCAAAGCCGAGGUGUUUCAGAUCGGGAUUUCGCUAAUCGACAGCAUGUGGUAGAGAUGGGGGAUCCUGGUAACCGGGACGGGAUGGCAGGCUUGGAUGGAUAUUGCGUGAUGGAUUCACGAGGAGGUCGAAGUAGACCCAGAGGCAGGGGUGGAGCCCGAGGUAGGGGCAGGAUUCCUCCACCUGUUGAGGAGAUAUUCGAUAAUGAGGUCGAGGCAUCGAAUGUUGAGCUGCCUGUUCCACCUGUUGUGGAGGUUGCGAAUGUUGUAGAUCCCACUCGUUUGUCGAAGUUGGCAAAGGAGAUUUUGAGGCUGGGAGGAGUUCCAUUUCAGGGAGGUACGAAUCACAUGAAGAAGUACUUUCCGCCUUCUGUAAGGGAGAAAUUGGAAAGGGAAUUUUUCUUGUUAGUCCAAGGGACUAAGAGUGUGAGGGAGUAUGAGGCUGAGUUCUCAAGGUUGUAUCGCUUUGUGAGACAGAUGGAUGCUGAGAGCCUAGAAAACUUGACUUUCCAGGAACAGGAAUCGGCUGAGAGGGAUUUCCAAAGGAAGGGAAAGGCAACUGCGGGGAGCAGUAAGGCAUGUGGGAAUCAAGGUGGAUUCUGGAAGCGGCAGAGGACAAAUCAGCAGGCGCCAGCUAGGGCUGCACCUACUAGGAUUGCUAGGGCUGCACCUUUUGGGCAGGGAGAACCCUUGAGAUGUUACAACUGCAAGGAGAUUGGCCAUACUGCUAAGGCUUGCACAAAACUAAAGAACUUGGCGUGCUUUACUUGUGGCCACACGGGGCAUUUCUCCAGGGAUUGUACCCAGCAGCAGGAUAGGGGACAAGGGAACCAGCAGAGGCAACUACCUCAAGGAAAUGCGAGGGUGUUUGCUGUUGGUCAGCAGAAUACCGGAGUGGAAGGUACACUAUCCUUAUUUGAUUUCCUUGCUAGGGUGUUGUUUGAUACGGGAGCGUCCCACUCCUUCAUAUCUAGUUUUGUGGUUGAUAUGUUAGGAUUGACUCUUAGGCCUCUUGCUAGACCCUUGUGUGUUACUUCUCCACUUGGUGUUUCCCUUGAGUUGUGUAUGUUUUGUGAUGCAUGCCCAAUUGUGAUUGGUGGUAGGGAGUUUACCACGACUUUGAUUGUGUUAGCAGAUCAUACGUAUGAUGUUAUUUUGGGUGUUGAUUGGCUGAGGCCAAAUCACGCAAUGAUUGAUUGCUUUGAAAUGGUAGUGUCAUUUCAUAUGCCUGGACAGCCGGUGUUUCAUUAUCGGUGUCUUAGGUCAGAUUCUGCUUUAAGGGCAGGAUUCUUAGCUCAUGUGGAAUCUGUGAGUUGUGCUGCGAUUAUGGCAGAGAUUGCUGUAGUUUCCGAGUACAGUGAUGUGUUUCAGGAGAUACCAGGGUUACCUCCAAGGAGGGUAGUUGAUUUUGUUAUUGAUGUGAUACCAGGUACUGCACCUGUAUGCAUGGCACCUUUUCGGAUGGCACCCGCCGAACUUAAAGAGUUGAAGGAUCAAAUUGAUGGUUUACUUGAACAAGGGUUCAUUAGACCUAGUACUUCUCCUUGGGGUGCACCUGUGGUAUUUGCGAGGAAGAAGGAUGGUUCACUAAGGUUGUGUGUGGAUUAUCGGCAGUUGAACAAGGUGACGAUCAAGAAUAGGUACCCUUUACCUAGGAUUGAUGACUUGUUUGACCAGCUUAAGGAAGCUACUGUAUUCUCAAAGAUCGAUUUGAGAUCUGGAUAUCACCAGUUGAGGGUGAAGGAUGAGGAUAUUCCUAAAACUGCUUUUAGGACUAGGUAUGGACACUUUGAGUUUUUUGUCAUGCCUUUUGGUCUAUCCAAUGCACCUGCUGCCUUUAUGGACUUGAUGAACCGUAUGUUCAGUCCAUACUUGGAUAAGUUCGUGGUAGUGUUCGUGGAUGAUAUUUUGGUUUACUCCAAGUCGUUGGAGGAUCAUGAUAAGCAUUUGCACAUUGUGCUACAGAUUUUGAGAGAAAAGAAAUUGUUUGCAAAAUUCGAGAAGUGUGAAUUUUGGCAAAGGAGGGUCAAGUUCUUUGGUCAUGUAGUUUCGAAGGAUGGGGUCUCUGUGGAUCCUUCCAAGGUUUAA